GUCUUUUUAUUUACGCCUACCUCCCAGCCCCUGGCAAUCUGACUAAUAACAAACUGAGGUAACAAGAAAGACUAGAAAGAAGAGAGAGAACACAGAAGCAGAAGCAGCUUGGAUCUAAAAAUCUAACAAACCAAGAGGGAUCAAUUUAAGCUCUGCUGAACAUCUUGUUUAUUUACAGCAUCCAAAAGCUUGCAAAUGGUUAACUAUAUGCAGAAAAGUCAGCAUAGAUGGGAAGUAUGCUGUGAAUUUUAAUUGAGGAAAAGGGACAACUGCUUUCAGGAUGGUCUAGAGUGCACUCUGCCUGAGAGAUUUUAUGUAUUAUUAUUAUUAUUAUUUUAUUAUUCCAGUGAAAUGCUCUAUACUUAGUUUUUUGACAUGGACUUUUAACUUAAGGCAGCUGGAGCUGUACAAAAGCUUGCAGCAAAGUGAAAAUUUGGAAGAAAGUGUAAUUUUUUUUUUAAAGAGAACCUGAAUUGCAUGUGAACAUCUACUCAAAUUGUGCAUUAUUGAUCGUGUCAGGGAGUGUUGCCUCUGUACAGGACCUACUGGCAACAAUGAAGCUCUGGAUUUUUAUGUUAUGUUCAGUUGUGGUUGCCUCGGAUUUACUACAAUCUCAGACUUCUUUGUCUUCAGCGAGAGGAUCUUGUGAAAAUCUGUGUUCUUGUGAAGAAAAGGAUGAUAUCUUGAUUAUAAACUGUGAAGAAAGAGGUAUCAAAAUGUUAUCACAAAUAAAUGUCCCACCAUCACAGCCUUUCCAUCUUAAUCUGCUGAACAAUGGCUUGACCACGUUACACAUGAAUGAUUUUGCUGGCCUCAUCAAUGCUAUCUCACUACAUGUUGGAUUUAAUAAUAUUGCAGAUAUUGAACCUGGAGCUUUUAAUGGUCUCAGUCUUCUUAAGCAACUUCAUAUCAAUCACAAUUCAUUAGAAAUACUUAAAGAGGAUACUUUUCAGGGACUUGAAAAUCUGGAGUUUCUUCAAGCAGACAACAAUUUCAUCACCGUGAUUGAAGCAAGUGCCUUUAGCAAACUCAACAGACUUAAAGUGCUUAUUUUAAAUGACAAUGCCAUUGAGUUUCUCCCUUCUAACAUAUUUCGCUUUGUGCCGUUGACCCACUUAGAUCUUCGUGGAAACCAGUUACAGACACUGCCAUAUGUUGGCUUUUUAGAGCAUAUUGGUCGAAUACUGGACCUUCAGCUGGAAGACAACAAAUGGGCCUGUAAUUGUGACUUACUGCAGCUGAAGAUAUGGCUUGAAAACAUGCCUCCCCAGUCUAUAAUAGGUGAUGUUGUGUGCAACAGCCCUCCAGUUAUCAAAGGCAGCAUCCUAAGAAGAUUAAAAAAAGAAUUGCUCUGUCCCACUCACCCUAUAAAUGAACUUGAAGAUCCUUCAGGGUCCUUGCCCUUGGUAGUAACCACCUCUAUAAGUGAUAGCCACCUACCAGCCAAGGUGAUCCCUGUCCUGAAAGCUCCUACCAAGGAACCAGGUUUAGUGCUUCAUGCCACAAAGCCAGCUACUCAGCUUCCAGGAAUAUACUGUCCUGUACCCUGUCACUGCACCAGCCAUAUCCUGUCAGGAGUUCUAAUUCACUGCCAGGAGCGAAAUAUUGAAAGCUUGUCUGAUUUAGGUCCCCCUCCUCCAAACCCUAGAAAGCUUAUUCUAGCUGGAAACAUUAUUCAAACAUUGCUGAAAUCAGAUCUGGUGGACUAUGCUAGCCUGGAAAUGCUUCACUUGGGAAACAAUCGUAUUGAAAUCCUUGAAGAAGGAUCAUUUAUGAAUCUAACGAGAUUGCAGAAGCUAUAUCUAAAUGGCAAUCAUCUUACGAAGUUAAGUCAGAGUCUCUUCCUUGGUCUUCAGCACCUUGAGUAUUUGUAUCUUGAAUACAAUGCCAUCAAGGAAGUUUUGCCAGGGACAUUUAACAUGAUGCCAAAACUUAAGGUGUUAUAUUUAAACAACAACCUUCUUCAAACUUUACCACCCCAUGUUUUCUCAGGGGUGCCACUAGCCAGGCUAAACCUUAAAACAAACCAGUUUACCCAUUUGCCUGUGAGCACUGUCUUGGAUGAACUGGAUUUGUUGGUACAAAUUGAACUUGAGGACAACCCUUGGGACUGUACUUGUGAUUCAGUUGGGCUGCAGCAAUGGAUACAAAAGUUGAGUAAGAACAUCAUGAUGGGUGACAUUUUCUGUAAAUCCCCAGGGCACCUAGCAAAAAAAGAAUUGAAAUCUCUGAACAGUGAAGUCUUAUGCCCAGGACUAAUAAAUAGCCCAGCCCUGCCAACCCAUGCUAGCUUUAUAGUUGUGACAACUUCUUCUACAACCACCAAUACUGCAGACACUAUUCUUCGAUCACUUACAGAUGCUGUCCCACUUUCUGUUUUAAUCCUAGGGCUCCUAAUUGUGUUUAUUACGAUUGUAUUUUGUGCAGCAGGAAUAGUUGUCCUUGUUCUGCAUCGGCGGAGAAGACACAAAAAGAAACAGGCAGAUGAACACAUGAGGGACAAUAGCCCAGUUCAUCUCCAGUACAGCAUGUAUGGUCACAAAACAACACACCACACAACUGAGCGUCCAGCACGAACUCUCUAUGAGCAACGCAUGAUCAGUCCCAUGGUUCAAGUUUAUCGAAGUCCAUCCUUCAGCCCCAAACAGACAGAACAACAGGAGGAAGGAAAUGAAAAGGAUAUGAAUGACUCCAGACAUCUCCGCAGAAAUCUUCUGGAAAGAGAGAACAAUUCUCCUCUCACAGGUUCAAAUGUCAAAUACAAAUGUACAGACCAAUCAGCUGAAUUUCUGACCUUUCAGGAUGCCAGCUCCUUAUACAGAAACAUUCUUGAGAAAGAAAGAGAACUCCAGCAGCUAGGGAUCACUGAGUAUCUAAGGAAAAAUAUUGUCCAGCUCCAGCCUGACAUGGAAGUACAUUAUCCUGGAACACAUGAGGAGCUAAAGUUAAUGGAGACAUUAAUGUACUCCAGACCAAGAAAGGUUUUGCUUGAGCAGACUAAAAAUGAGUAUUUUGAGCUCAAAGCUAAUUUACAUGCUGAGCCAGACUACCUGGAAGUCCUGGAACAGCAAACAUAAAAUGAUAUAACUUUGGACUGGGACAGAAAAUCUGUAAUUCUAUAUUAAGUCAGAACAUUGUAAAUAAAAGUGCCUUAUAAUAAUGUAUCAUCCAUCAGGACUAAAGCACAGCAGUAAUCCUAACAAAAAACUCAGGGAUCACUGUGGGAAGCCAUGCGGAAGUUUGCAGGCAAUAUGUCUUACCCCAAUUGAAACAUGAUCUCUGUGUGAUUGAACUGUGGGAGGAAGACUGCCAUAUUCCUUGGGGGAGGUGGGGUGUUAAAAGGUCUGUAUGGCACUCCCUAUUCUGUACCUAACCUAGGAUAAACAUUUUAUGUUAUUUGUA